GAUAAACGCUCAGCUUGUCCGCUAUUUCAGACCCGUGUACGCUCUCGACUGAUCUUGUUCCCAUGACGGACAACGUGCACGUCCUCUCUCACCCCCUCGUCAAUGCGCGCCUCAGCAAGCUCAGGCAGACGUCUACGACGCCAAAGGAGUUUAGAGAGGGUAUCCACGAUGUCAGUCUGAUGCUGGGCAUUGAAGCCAGCCGUGAUCUCGAGGAGGAGACCUUCCAUGGGGAGACACCCAUCGCAAAGUUCGUUGGCAGCAAGAUAAAGCCCAGGAUUGGUUUUACACCCAUCCUGCGAGCAGGUAUCGGCAUGACCGACGCGUUGCUGAACCUGUUCCCAUCUGCAUCCGUGUAUCACCUCGGUAUAUUCAGAGAGAAAGUCAGCCUACAACCCGUCGAAUACUAUUCUAAGCUACCGUCAACACCACCGAUCGACAUGUGCUUUGUCUUAGACCCCCUGAUUGCUACAGGUGGUACUGCGUGCGCUGCACUGAAUAUGGUUCUUGAUUGGGGCAUUCCCCUACAAAGAAUCAAGCUCCUAUGCAUCCUCGCAUCCCAGGACGGCCUGAAACGCGUGAAAGCGGAGUUCCCAGGUCUAGAGGUUUGGGUCGCUACAGUCGACCCAAUCUUGACUGACAAGGGUCUUAUCUCACCUGGCUUGGGUGAUACGGGAGAUCGCUUGUUCAAUACUCUGCGAGAUGCUUAGGAUCUUCGGGAGGUCCUCAGCGAAUCGGACUCGUCGUAUUGUAGCUCAGAUCGGAUCGACCACAAAGCAAUUACAGUAGAUCUAAUGCUUAAGCGUUAGAAGAAAGUGCUCCGGGUCCAGGAGACACUAGCCGGGGAACCAAGUCUGAACAUAGCACCUCAAGUACAGCACUGACAAUCAAAUCAACGUUAUUCGUG